AUGUCUGAGCAAAAGGAAGAACAAGUCGUUACUGUCGAAUCCAAGAAGGAGGAAGAAUCCAAGGUUGAGGCUGUCGAGGAGCCCAAGGCCGAAGAACCCAAGGUCGAAGAACCAAAGACUGAAGAACCAAAGACUGAAGAGUCCAAGACUGAAGAGUCCAAGACUGAAGAGUCCAAACCUCAACAACAAAAGAAACGCAAGAACAACAUUGUCUCUGACCCCUCUACUCUCCCAGCAUCUUCUGAUCCUAAGGAGAUUCUUAAGCAAGUUGAGUUCUACUUUUCCGACCAGAAUCUUCCUAAGGACAAGUUCCUUUUGGGACUCACCAAGGAAAACGAAGGCUGGAUCCCCAUCUCCACCAUCGCAACUUUCUCCCGCAUGCGCCGCUUCUCUCCCCUCGAAACCAUCGUCGCUGCUCUCCGGGAAAGCGAGGAUCUUCUCGAGGUUUCUGAGAAUGGUGAGCUUGUCCGCAGAAAGACUCCUCUUGACGAAUCCGCAGCCACCUCGGAAUCUUCAUCCAACACCACCGAAAAGAAGCCCGUUUCUAAGGGUGCCCAGGCUUUUGCUCGCAGUAUAUACGCAAAGGGCUUUGGCGAAGAAACCUCCGCUUCCCAAUACGACAUUGAAAAGUACUUUGAGGCUUUUGCUCCUGUCACUCAGGUCCGUCUGCGCCGUGCUGAUGACAAGAAGUUCAAGGGCUCUGUCUUUGUUGAGUUUGCCAACCUCGAGGAUGCCCAGCGUUUCCUUGCCCAGGACCCCAAGCCUAGCUACAAUGGCAAUGAUCUUCUCACCAUGUCCAAGGCUGCUUAUGUUGACAUGAAGAGCGCUGAGCAUGGCUUUAACAAAAACGCAAAGGGCGGCAACAGACGUGGUGGCAACUUCAACAAGAAGAGACGAUUCGACGGUAACAGAAACAAGGAAAACAAAAAGGCAAAGACGGAGGCGUAA